CUGCGCCAGCAUGUUCAGCUGGCUGGGGAGCGAUGACCGGAGGAAGAAGGACCCCGAGGUCUUCCAGACGGUCAGCGAUGGGCUCAAGAAGCUUUACAAGACUAAGCUCCUCCCCCUGGAGGAGUACUACAAGUUCCACGAGUUCCAUUCGCCAGCGCUGGAGGACGCCGACUUCGAUAACAAGCCCAUGGUGCUGCUGGUGGGUCAAUACUCCACGGGGAAGACCACCUUCAUUAGGUAUCUUCUAGAACAGGACUUUCCAGGGAUGAGGAUAGGACCGGAACCCACCACAGACUCCUUUAUAGCAGUAAUGCAGGGCGACGUCGAGGGGGUCAUCCCAGGCAACGCGCUAGUGGUGGACCCCAAGAAACCGUUCCGAAAAUUGAAUGCUUUUGGGAACGCCUUCCUGAACAGGUUUGUCUGUGCGCAGCUGCCGAACCCGGUUCUGGAGAGUAUCAGCGUGAUUGACACUCCGGGGAUUCUGUCCGGGGAGAAGCAGAGGAUCAGUCGAGGUUAUGACUUUGCAGCUGUGUUGGAGUGGUUCGCGGAGAGGGUGGACCGCAUUAUUCUGCUUUUCGAUGCCCACAAACUGGACAUUUCCGAUGAGUUCUCAGAAGUCAUCAAAGCUCUGAAGAACCAUGAAGACAAAAUGCGCGUGGUCCUCAAUAAGGCUGACCAGAUAGAGACCCAGCAGCUGAUGAGGGUCUAUGGUGCCCUCAUGUGGUCCCUAGGGAAAAUUGUCAACACCCCCGAGGUGGUCAGAGUCUACAUUGGAUCAUUCUGGUCCCACCCGCUUCUCAUCCCCGACAACCGCAAGCUGUUUGAAGCUGAGGAACAAGACCUCUUCAGAGAUAUUCAGAGCCUUCCACGAAAUGCAGCCCUGAGGAAACUCAAUGACUUGAUCAAAAGAGCACGGCUGGCAAAAGUCCACGCAUAUAUUAUCAGCUCCCUGAAGAAGGAGAUGCCGACGGUAUUUGGCAAGGACAACAAGAAGAAAGAGCUGAUCGGCACUCUGGGCGAGAUCUACGGUCGCAUUGAGAAAGAACAUCAGAUCUCUCCGGGAGACUUUCCAAACCUGAAGAAGAUGCAGGACCUUCUACAAUCCCAAGACUUUACAAAGUUCCAACCCCUGAAGAACAAGCUUCUGGAAACUGUGGACGAGAUGCUGGCUCACGACAUCGCCCACUUGAUGGUCCUGGUUAGACAGGAAGAAACCCAGAAACCAGUUCAGAUGGUUAAAGGUGGCGCGUUUGAGGGCACCUUGAACGGCCCCUUUGGGCACGGCUACGGCGAGGGGGCAGGAGAAGGCAUUGACGACGCCGACUGGGUGGUGUCCAGAGACAAGCCCAUGUACGACGAAAUCUUCUACACGCUGUCUCCUGUCAACGGCAAGGUCACCGGGGCCAACGCCAAGAGGGAGAUGGUGAAGUCCAAACUGCCCAACACAGUCCUGGGCAAGAUCUGGAAACUGGCCGACAUAGACAAGGACGGCCUGCUGGACGACGACGAGUUUGCCUUAGCCAACCACCUCAUCAAGGUUAAACUAGAAGGCCACGAGCUUCCCAACGAUCUCCCCUGCCAUCUCAUCCCACCAUCCAAAAGAAAAAUGAUCGAGUAAUUGUGGCCGGAUAAAGACGGAGCAGAACCAACAAGUUCUUACGUGUAAUGUGAAGUGAGCCUACUGUGAGCAUUUUGGUUGAUGGUUCUCUAUCUAUAUCAAGAUCCUAAAAAAAAAAAGAGGACACGGAGCUUUUAUUAACAGAAUAACCUAAAGCUAAUGGAGUUUUUUUUUUUUUUUUUGGCUGACAACUACUAAAACAAAAAAUUUACGAAGAAGGGAAAAAA